AGGGAGAGAGAGGAAGAGCGAGAGAGAGAGCUGGCUUGGGCACGCCCUUCUGUCUCAUUUAUCAUCGUUCUAUAUAGCAUGCGAUCGGCUGGCAUCCUGUCUCAGUAAUAGCCAUGGAUGAGUCGGUCCCCGACACCCCCGUCAGCGACAGGAAGGUCGUUCACAGCACUCCUCCCGGCAUCCAGCAGGAGGUGGAAUAUGAGACGGUCGCCACCCUGCCAUUGUCGACGACACAAUCGGGCUUCACGCCAGCCUCCCAGCCAUGGACGCAGCCGACACAGCUGCUUGUUGAUACCCCCGCAGCAGGAGGGAACCACCGGACGGUCGUUCAGGUCGCCGCCUCCUCCCCGCCCGGCCCUGUGUCUUCCCCUUCCCGCGGCGGCGGUUUGCUUUCCAACCUCAUGGCACCUGCCGGCACUCGUUUCUGUCCUCCUGUGCAACCGGCGAAGCGUGUCCCUGUCGUUGACAUCGAAGACGACGGGCCGAUAUAUCUCGGCGGGUCAUCCGACGACGACGGCACCAACCUACACCCGUCUCGCAGUACCGACAUUAAACCCUCCAUGUUCACCAAGGCGCCCCGGAGUCCGGAGAAGGUCAUGGAGUCCCCCGUUGGCUCAGCGAUGGACAAGUUCAAGGAGAUCACGUCGGCUGCCAUGUACAAUCCCAACGCGGCGGUGAAACGCCCUGCCUCACACAUGGAUCCUACUCCGAAGGGGGUGGCCGUCAAGAAGGCGCGACAGAAUGGGCCCUCCCGCGCUCAGCCCUUGGAGAUGCAGCUUACGACAUUGGAGGAGAUCGACGACUCCCAGACCAGAUCGAAGGUGGAGAGAAUGCUCAAAAUCAUGCCUGGCUACUCGGUGUCGUCGUGUAUGGAGGCGCUGGUCGUGAAACGCGGCAACUACAACGAUGCAUUGGAGUACCUGGCCAACAAGGAGGAUCAGCAGAAAAUCGCCUCCUCAGACGACGAGCUGAGCAUCACCCAUGCGACGACGGUCGCGCCGGCCAAGCAGAACAUCAAAGCUCGCGGUACCAUCCAAGACAAGUGGGCGUCGAUGCGUUUUGGCAAUGUCUCGUCGUCGACCCCUAAACCUGAGGGGGAAGAAGAGGAAGCUAAACCGCGCCGACGACUGAUCCGGGGGCCAAAGGGUCGUCCGACUCCUUCCAGCCCUGCACGCUCGGAAACCCCUCCGUUACUGAAGAAGCCAGGCCCGCUGGUGCAGGGUCGCAAAGCGGCUUCGCCGGCACCUUCCGAACCUGACGCCGCCCUUGAGAUCUCAGAUGAUUCAGACUCUGCUGUCGAGAGCGGCGAGGAUAGCGACGAGAUAGAGGCAAAGGUGCUCAGGUUCAUCAACACGUGUACCGCUGCCGGUCUCGCCGACCUGGCCAACGAUUCAGAAGAGUUCGCCAAAAUCAUCAUUGACCAGCGCCCCUUCAAGUCGCUAGAUGCUGUUCGCGUUGUGUCCGCCCCGCUCAAUGAGACGGCGAAGCCGCGUGGUGGCCGCGGUCGCAAGACCCCCAAGCCAAUCGGCGACAAGAUUGUCGACAAGUCACUGCAGAUGUGGAGAGGGUAUGAGGCGGUUGACUCGCUUGUGGCCACCUGCGAGGAGAUCGGCCGGCCUGUUGCUGCUGAAAUGCAGAAAUGGGGCGUCGACAUCUUUGGCAAACGAGAUGGCGAAUUGGAGCUGGUCUCCAUGGACCAAACCACCUCUCACGACUCUGGAAUCGGCACGCCGUCCAGUUCCCGAUCAGAUGAAGAAAAUGAUUUUCCCGCCAGAGCGUCGCGCAAGGCUCGUUUCAUCGGACAGCCAGGCAUCAUGAGUGAAGAUUUGAAGAUGAAAGACUAUCAGAUCGUCGGCAUCAACUGGCUUUCCUUGCUCUUUGAAAAGGACCUCAGCUGCAUUCUCGCGGAUGACAUGGGACUAGGCAAGACCUGCCAAGUCAUCGCAUUCCUGGCUCACUUGUACGAGAAGGGGAUCAAGGGGCCGCACCUGGUUGUUGUUCCUUCCUCGACCAUUGAAAACUGGUUGAGAGAGUUCCAGAAGUUCUGUCCCAAGCUCUCCGUCAUGCCGUACUAUGCCGGCCAGACGGAGCGCGGCUACAUUCGGGAGAAUAUUGAGGAGAAUCGAGACAGCAUCAACGUCGUCGUCACCACCUACACGAUCGCCAAGGCUAAAGUGGACGCCCAAUUCUUGCGCCACAUGAACUUCUGUGCCUGCAUCUUUGACGAAGGUCAUAUGCUGAAGAGCAGCACGUCGGUUCUGUACGAAAAGCUCAUCCGGAUCAAGGCUCGGUUCCGAUUGCUUCUCACGGGCACCCCGUUGCAGAACAACCUCCAGGAACUUGCGUCUCUCCUUGGCUUUAUUCUUCCCGAAGUCUUCAAGAACCACAGCGAGGAGUUGGAGUACAUCUUCAAGAUCAAAGCCAAGACCGCGGAUGACUCCCAUUCGUCUCUCCUGUCGGCCCAGCGCAUUGAACGAGCCAAGUCGAUGCUGAAGCCGUUUGUCUUGCGCCGCAAGAAGCACCAGGUCAUCGACCUGCCCCAGAAAACUUGUCAUGUGGAGUACUGUGAGAUGAACGAGGCGCAAAAGAAAAUCUACGAGAACGAACAGGAGGAGGUCCGUCGGCUACUGGCCGAUCGUGCUGCGGGCAAAAAGACCGGCACCAAGUCCGCCAACAUUCUGAUGAAACUGCGCCAGGCGGCCAUCCAUCCGCUCCUCUACCGCCGCCACUACACCGACACGAUACUCAGUCGCAUGGCGAAAGCCUGUCUGAAGGAGGAGCAAUGGUCGCUGUCCGAUCCCGACAUCAUCUUUGAAGAACUCAAGGCGUACAAUGAUUUCGAGUGCCACACCAUGUGUCUCACCCACCCCAAAUCGCUGGGCAAAUUCGCCUUGACCCACGACGAAUGGAUGGAGUCGGGCAAAGUGGACAAGUUGUGCAAGCUCCUGGAACGGUUCCAAGAGAAGGGCGACCGCGCAUUGAUCUUCUCCCAGUUCACCAUGGUCAUGGAUAUCCUCGAGCAGGUGCUUGAAACGCAGCACAUCGGGUUUGUGCGUCUGGACGGACGAACCAACGUUGAAGACCGCCAGUCGAUUCUGGACGCGUUUCACGAACGCACCGACAUCCCGGUCUUCCUGCUCUCGACCAAGGCGGGCGGCGCGGGGAUCAACCUGGCGUGUGCAAACAAGGUCAUCAUCUUCGACUCCAGUUUCAACCCUCAAGAGGACGUGCAGGCGGAGAACCGCGCUCAUCGAGUGGGCCAGACACGCGAGGUCGAAGUCAUCCGAAUGGUGACCAAGAACACGAUCGAGGAGCAGAUCUACGCGCUGGGCCAGACCAAGCUCGCCCUGGACCAGGCCGUCGCUGGAGAAGAUGCUGCCGACUCCAAGAAGGGCGAGGAAGCGGGCAUGAAGGUAGUGGAGGACAUGGUACUGGCCAACCUUGAACAGAAAGCAUGAUUGAACAUCCAGACUUCUUGUUUCCCAGAACAUUGUCCGAAGGUGCAUUGCUUCGGUCCGGUCUAUCGUUUGCAUAUCUGUGGUAACUACCAUGGACGAGGAGUUACAGUUUUGUGUUUGGUGGAGUCUGGCUAUAAGAUCUGGUGCAUAGAUCUAGCGACAGCUUUUGAUAGAAUAUUACAUUAACUAAUACUUCUUGUCUUG